GUAGCACUUCAUCCCUUCUAGAAUAGAUUUCGAUCAAGCAAGCAGGAGAAGGUGGUCCUUUCAUCUCUCUGCCUGCUCCAUGCUGUAUAGCCUAAGGAUCAUGAGCUGGUUUAAUGCUAGAAUACAUUAGAUCUACCCAGUUAUUUCUGUAGAUGAAGUAGUGGGGGCAUGUUAAGUUGAGAAUUUCGAACAUUGUAGCAUUCUUUUCUAGGUUGGGUUUUGAGUUUCGAAGUUUCAAGAACUUUGCCUGAACUCUGAAUAUGAAAAUACACAAAGGAAAAGCAUCGAGCAAGACUAUUAUGUUCCAUUGUGAAUGAGAGACGUUUUGUUUUCGACCAACAACAUCUACUCAUAUCCAGCUUCGUGUCAUUUUUGAACACAGCGAUCAGCAAGCAGCAAGCGUAGGCUGAAAAGGUAAUACUCUCACGUUAGGGUAGGGUGCGCCAAAGCAACCCGGGACCCCCAGAGGGGUCAGUACUUAAGCGCUGGCGCCUUCUUUUGAAGGUGAAAAACUACAAGGCUAAGCUUCAAAAUGGAUGCGCUAAUGCGCUACAAAAAGAAAACGGCUGCACUAAUAGAAACGGCAAAAGUUGUUGCUUGUUCGUUCUUUCAGAACCUUGCGCUUAGCUUAAUCCGUUGCUUGUUCGUCCUCGGGUGCGCUAGCGCACGUAGGCUUUAAUGCUGGAGUUUGCUGGGUGGGGGAGAAGCAAGCCGAACCUCUGAUCGACCCGGACACAUCCAAAAUUCUCGGCGUCGAGAGAAAGAUGAGAUUCCGUAAGUAAUUCAGUGAGUGCUUUUUUAUAUAUUAUAAGAAGGGCUUGGAAGAAAGAAGAAAAUGAAAUACGAACAAUCGCGCUGGUCGUAAUAGAUCGACUUGAAUGUUGGAGUAAGAAGACACAUUCAAGUUCCAUUUCAGGGAAGGACGACGUACCAUGAUACUUUCUGUUUCGUCGAGCCCUGCUUUGGUCUCUGGUUUGAUGGUUGUACAUGCUAAAAAUCCAGUACAUUCCAUUUCGUUUCCCAUCCCAGUCUUUCGCGACACUUCUGGUUUACUUCUUUUGUUAGGUCUCGACUUCUCUGCUAUGAUCUCCCCAGUAGUUCAUAUAGGAGCUAUUGUCGUUUCAUUCCUAUUCGUGGUUAUGAUGUUCAAUAUUCAAAUAGCGGAGAUUCACGAAGAAGUCUUGCGCUAUUUACCAGUUAGUGGUAUUAUUGGACUGAUCCUUUGGUGGGAAAUGUUCUUCAUUUUAGAUAAUGAAACCAUUCCAUUACUACCAACCCACAGAAAUACGACCUCUCUUAAAUAUACGGUUUAUGCCGGAAAGGUACGAAGUUGGACUAAUUUGGAAACAUUAGGCAAUUUACUUUAUACCUACUAUUCCGUCUGGUUUUUGGUUCCUAGUCUGAUUUUAUUAGUAGCCAUGAUUGGGGCUAUAGUACUGACUAUGCAUAGGACUACAAAGGUGAAAAGACAGGAUGUACUACUGAGAAGGUAG